CAGGAUGAAUCUGAUUAGUAGUUUUCUAGUUACAAAAUUUGGGGAGUAUUUUAUAGUUACAACUUACAGUGAACCAAAAGGAAGUUGGUGCAAAUUACUAGUGUACUACAACUUCGGAUUCCUUUUUCUUAAUUAAAUAAAAACCAAACAAGACUUUUCACCCAUUUAUAAGCUCGAGGGAAAUAUUUUAUAGUUCUAGUCUACUGCUACACAAUGAUGAAUGCUGCUAAAAAGAACCUUUUUCUGAAAGCUCUGCACCAAAAUCUUUCUUUUGGUUAGUUAGCUUUUUGGAUCCAAAUGGUAACUUUAGUAGUACUACUUAUUUUCUCAAUCUUUCUUCUUUGGGUUGGCAUUACUCCAGCUUCCAUGAGUCUUCUUUCACCUAAAGGUGUCAACUAUGAAGUGGCAGCAUUGAUGUCUAUGAAGAAUAAAAUGAGAGAUGAAUACCAUGUGUUAGAUGGAUGGGAUAUAAAUUCAGUUGAUCCUUGUACUUGGUACAUGGUUGGUUGUUCUUCAGAAGGCAAUGUUGUUUCUCUUGAAAUGGCGAGUAUGGGGUUAUCUGGCACACUUUCUCCUAGCAUUGGGAAUUUAACUUAUCUUCGGACACUGUUGUUGCAGAAUAAUCAGUUAUCUGGUCCAAUUCCUGCUGAGAUUGGAAAGCUCUCUGAACUGCUGACCCUUGACCUAUCUGGUAAUCAGUUUGAUGGAGAAAUUCCUAGGGCGUUGGGUCGCCUGAUUGGUUUAAGUUACUUGAGGCUUAGCAGGAACAGGUUGUCUGGACAAAUUCCUAAACCUGUGGCAUACCUUUCAGGUCUUUCAUUCUUGGAUUUAUCAUUCAAUAACCUUAGUGGUCCAACUCCAAAAAUUUUGGCCAAAGACUACAGUAUUGCUGGAAACAGCUUUCUUUGCUCUGCAUUGCACAUGCAAAAUUGCGGGGGUGUGCCAAGACCAGUAAAUGAAACAAAUUCAGACAGGAAGACUAGCAAUCAUCAUCGAUGGGUUGUUUCUGUUAUCAUUGGGGUCAGUUGCACAUUCAUACUUACAGUCAUGCUGCUUGUUUGUUGGGUGCAUUGGUACAGGUCUCGUUUCCUCACAGGAUAUGUGCAACAUGAUUACGAGUUCACCAUUGGCCACCUGAAGAGGUUUUCAUUCCGUGAACUGCAAGUUGCCACUGGAAAUUUCAGCUCUAAAAAUAUACUAGGACAAGGUGGAUUUGGAAUAGUCUACAAGGGAUACCUUCCAAAUAGGACAGUAGUGGCUGUCAAAAGAUUGAGAGAUCCAAGUUUCACUGGAGAAGUGCAGUUCCAAACAGAAGUUGAGAUGAUAGGCUUGGCUGUGCAUCGGAACCUUCUACGUCUGUAUGGAUUCUGUAUGACUUCAGAGGAAAGAUUACUUAUUUACCCUUAUAUGCCAAAUGGGAGUGUUGCCGAUUGCUUAAGAGACAAUGGUCAGGAUAAACCAUCUUUGGACUGGAGCAAGCGCAUGCAUAUAGCUCUUGGAGCUGCCAGAGGACUUCUGUAUUUGCAUGAACAGUGUAAUCCUAAAAUAAUUCACAGAGAUGUUAAGGCGGCUAAUAUUCUGCUUGAUGAGAGUUUUGAAGCUGUUGUUGGUGAUUUUGGUCUUGCGAAGCUUUUAGACUGUAGAGAUUCACAUGUUACAACCGCAGUUCGUGGUACUAUAGGUCAUAUAGCCCCGGAGUAUCUAUCAACUGGCCAAUCAUCUGAGAAGACAGAUGUGUUUGGAUAUGGGAUACUACUAUUUGAACUCAUUACCGGACACAAGGCAUUAGAUGCAGGCAAUGGUCAGGGUCAGAAAGGAACUAUCCUUGACCGGGAUUUUGUUUGAGCAUAACCAAAACCACUAUUUGACUUGAAAUUUUCACCAAAAUUGAUGCAAUAACUAGGGUGAGAAGCAGAAGUUGCUUCCUACGCACGUUAUGAGAGAAGUACAGUUCCGAAAUUCUUAAACAUUGCUCGAUAACCUGCUCUUUCUGCUGACCGCAUAAUCUGGUCAUGCCUGCGGGGCUUGUGGAAAAUCUUAUUCAAGGGUUUUUGAAUAUCGCUUACUGAUCACUGUGGUCUUUGAUGAACAAAAUUAUUGCCGUGUAUUACCUUACUCUUGCAUACUUUAAGCCCUUAAAUAAAUUAUUUGGUUGAUAUUUAUCACAUAAUAAUGUAAAACUUGCAUACUUAAGCCCUUGAAUAACUUAUUUGCUUGAUAUUAAUCAUGUUAUGUCGUUAUCAUGUAAGUCUGAACAACCAUAUGUAUUAUGCUAGAAUAGUCGUGUGGAAAAGGGUACCAGUUCUAUGCUUCUUCAGUUAUGAUUUUUCUCCCGUUUCAGGCUGUUUUAUGUGGAGCAGAGAUUUUCAGAACAUGAUAGAACUCAGACUUUGUUAUGUCUAUUAUUCGGUCCUAUUCAUUCUGACAACCUGUCCAU